ACUGAUCUACAAGGCACUGACGGUUCAGGCAUUCUUGGGGGCCCUGAUGUACGCAGACGGAUCCCCAUUAAGCUGAUAUCCAAGCUGCCGGUCAGGAGCAAGGCUGUUACCCGCUCACAGAGACCCUCAAGCAGGCUGCCCUCUAAAACCCAGCCUAAUGAUGAAGGUAAGCAUAAUGGUGGCUAGAAGAACAAUAUGCAAAAUGGUUUGAAGGAGAGAGUGGCACAUCCACAAUUGCCAUUCAUGCCAGUUGUAUUCCUUAAUGUUCUAGAGGGCUUUGGGUUUAAGCAGGAAGAUAGAUUUGAGCGCAAGUCUGGAGAUGCGUUAGGCAACCAGAGGAGGUUCCCUCAGCCCAUGUUCUGGGACUACAAAGUAAGUGUCCAUUCUUAAUUUUUCUUCUAAAUCAUGGUUACUCCUCUAAUUUGAUGCAACACAAAAUAAAACUAUCAUGAUGUUGCAGGCUGCAUAUCGUGUGUAUUCUUUCACAUACAGCUAAAUGUGAAAAUAUUACUUUUGUCUCUUCAGCUGAAUUUGGUUGGCGAGAAGGACGACACGCCAGUUCAUUUCUGUGACAUGUGUGGCCUUCCUAUAAAGAUUUAUGGACGCAUGGUAAGUUUAUGCCUCCUUCCCUUAAUAGGAAUUUUUCUGCAAGUAACUAUAAUCCACACUCUUUAUUCAUUCAUUUUUAUGCCUUGACACCACAGGAGGUUGGUGGCACCCUAAUUGGGGAGGACGGGCUCGUUGUAAUGACUGGAGUGGAAUGGUAUCAAAUACAUCAAACACAUGCUGUCCAUGUGUCUGAUGCCAUUCCAUUUAGUCUGUUCCAGCCAUUAAUAUGAGCCGUCCUCCCCUCCGCAACCUCCUGUGCUUGAGACUUGGCACUCAUGUGCACUAACAGUGUUCCUCUUCCACAGAUUCCCUGCAAGCAUGUAUUUUGCUAUGACUGUGCCCUGCUUCAUGAGAAGAAGAUGGAAAAGAUGUGUCCAGGGUAAAUUGCCUCUCAAACCUUUGCCUUCGAUUAUACUGUACAAGUUAAAUUAGUCAUGAACUGUUGUGAGCCAUCUCCCUCACAUUGUGAGCGCACAGUCUAGUUUGUCUGCUAGGUCUCAAAGCAUGUGUUGACGUAAUGCGUGUGUUGUUGCUGGCUCCACUUCCCUUACUAAACCCCUGAGAUUAGUCUCACCCUAUACAGCUGCACAGAUCCGGUCCAGCGGAUCGAGCAGUGCCUGCGGGGCCUCCUCUACAUGUGCAGCAUCGUUCCGGGCUGCAAGCGCACCUACUUGUCCCAGCGCGACCUGCAGGCCCAUGUCAACCACCGACACAUGAGGGCAGCCAAGGCUGCAAGAGGGGGCAUUCUACCACGCCUAGAGCCCUUGCAUCCACAACCGGCCUCAGAGCCACCUGACCACUUCCAUCUGCUACCACUGCCCCACUUGGCCAAAGGACACCCCCUCAUACCCCCACAGCUGCAGGGACACGACCCCUAUGGCCAGCCCCCUCCCGCCUCUCCGUCAACCCCCUCUUCUGAACUGGGCCCCUCUGGCCUCCAUCGUCCCCCACUGGGUCAGGAGACGUUCCGCAUUGCCACUGUUACUACUCGCAAGCACAGCAACCUCAUCACUGUGCCCAUUCAGGAUGACUCUGGGGGCUCGCCCCUUCUCCAGCCUGCCCAGGGCAUGCCCCCUCCCCACCACCAUCAGGGGGACUACCCUGGCCAGCCCAACCACCUGAUGGCCCCCCCACCCCAGCAGCAGCACUACGGCCCACCCCCUCCUCCACCACCCCCCCUCAGCCACCCCAUGCAGCACCCGCCUCAGGGCUCCGGGACACCUCAUCUGGUCUACAACCAGGUCCCUCCCAUGUCCUCAGGCCUGCCUCCUAUCACCCCACCACCCGGACACAUCAUGGGCCAGAUGCCUCCCUACAUGAACCACCCACCUCCCCCAGGCCCCCUGCCCCAACACAGUGGUCCUCCUGUUAAUGCGCCUCCUCCCCACCACUACAAUCCCAGCUCCAUGCAGCAGGACCAGGGCACCCUCAGCCCGCCUUUUAACCAGCCCGGGGGACUGAGCCCAGGGAUGUGGCCAGCCCCCAGGGGCUCUCACCCGCCCCGCAUGCAGAGGCCCCCACCACAGGGCCAGAUGCCUGGUCCUCCCCACCACCCAGACCAGUCCCGCUACCGCCCUUACUAUCAGUAA